AAAUGUCGGUUGUUGUUCCAACUGAGAAGUCCAGAAAGGUUUUUGAUCUUGAUGUUGAGGAUGAUGAUACGGAUAAGAAACCUGGAAUGGGAGCUGUGGCCAAGGCUGAAUUUGAAGAUUAUAUGGCUAAUGCUACCAUAGCUUGUCUCAGAUUUAUAGUUGAGGAUGGAAUACAUUGGAGUGGAAAAGUUCUCUGGGUUGUACUACAGAUUCUGAUUUCCAUUUUCUUCAUCUACAUGCUGCUUCCUAUUCUGCAGAAGUAUUCUGAUUCUCCGAUCAUCAUCAGUGUUGAGACAACCAACUAUAAUAUUGCUAACAUCAAGUUCCCAGGAGUAACCGUCUGCUCAAACUUCAGGAUUUCAAACAACAAUUUCAAGAAAACCAUUAAGAAAACUCCGUGGAAACAAUAUGAAAAGGAUGAUUUGCAUCAGUUGGUAACCAACCUUGUAAAGUUUCAAUCGGAUCCGGAAUUAAUUGUUAAAACAGAAGGUUCAGAGAAGAUUAUGGUUAAAGAGGAUGUCAACAUUUCUUCAUUAAUGUCCCAGAUUUUACCAAACUGUGAACGUAUGUUUCUCUACUGUAAAUGGCAGGGGAAGCAAGUAGAAUGUAAAGAUUUUGUUCAAUUGAGAAAAACGGAUUCUGGAUUUUGCUGUUCCUUCAACACUAUCAAUAUUGCGGACAACUUUGAAAAGGAAUCCAGUGGCAGCUCUGAGGAUGAAGAUUAUUAUGAUGACUAUGUUGAGUAUGGAGAGAAUGAUGAUUAUGAUUAUAAUGUUGGGACUGCAGCAGGGGAUCCUACUGAUUCUGCAGAAGAGGAAACAACAACUCAAGGAACAGCGCCUACAGUAAGAUAUCCCGGUGUCAUUGCAGGUUAUGAAAAGGAUACUGACAAUAUGUGUCUUAAUAAGCCAGGAUCUACAACUGGAGAAAGUCAAGCUCCCCCAGCUCCUGCAGUUCCACCCAAAAAGCAGGAGAAGAAAGAGACUGUGAUAUUUAACACUAACCUUGCUGGCCCUGAUUUUGGUUUUACUUUUAAUAUUGAUCCAAACUUAGCUGAUGAAUUUGUCAAUACUUGGGAUGAACAUACUUCAACUGAUUAUUUUACAGGAUUCAAGGUUUUGAUUCAUUCACCUGAUGAGUUCCCCGAAGUAUCUGCAAAAUCCAUUCCAAUCCAUGAAGGAACAGAGACAUUUAUCGCAUUGUCUGCACAAGUCACAAAAUCAACAGAGAGUGUGCAAAGCAUGUCACAGACAAGAAGAUCAUGUCUUUUGGAAAAUGAAGUCAAUGUGCCGGAUUUAAAUGUGAACCUCAAUGUAUUUAAGUCUUACAGUCAGGCAAACUGCUUACUUGAAUGCCAGGCUGCAGCAACUCUCAGUCUCUGUAACUGUUUGAUGUACUACUAUCCAAAGUUCCCUAAAAAGUUUGUUGCUGCUAAUCUAAAGCAAGGAAACAACUCAGCAUGCACUUUUGACCAGCUCCAGUGCUUGGUAAAUAAAACAGGGUUUUUGAAUGCAAAUGUUGGAAAAACAACCAUCAAAUACCCGGGGGUUCAAGAUGGUAUAGUCUGUGAUUGUCCUGAUGACUGUGAUCAAACGAUGUACACCAAGGAGAUCACUUCAGCACCUCUUAGGGACAACAAUAAUGCCUGGUUUAAUAAGAUACUUUGUCUGAAAGGACAAUGUACCACCUCCAACCAAUUAUUUAAGAAGGAGUACGAUGCUUUUUCCAAAUAUUACAAUGGAGACUCUUGCGUUGAUGAGACAUUUGAGAAGAAAUUGUUGAAGAACUCCUUGGUUCAUGUUUAUUUUAAAGAUCUGGGUGUGACUAAGUUCUCUAAGGAUCAGCUGUUUGGUUGGGUAGAUAUUCUAGCUCUGGUUGGAGGGACUUUUGGUCUCUGCAAUGGAUUCUGUUUGUUAAGUGGAUUUGAGAUUCUCUACUAUCUCUUUCUUCACAGAUAUCUCAAGAGAGAUUAAUCGAUGUAAACUAGAAUACACCAGUUGGGAAUUCACACUUGAGACAUCAAAAUUAACAUUUUGUGCAGUGAUUUGUCCUGGUAUGACCAACUUUUCAAAGUGGUAAUUUUUCCGAUUGUAAAGUGUAAAGUGAGCACUUAUCUAUAUUUUUAGCUCAUAUAUUUAAAACUUUAGGGUAUAAUAACUGCUAAAAUUUAAAAAGGCCCUACAGAACUCCAAAUCUGUUUUUCUUGAAUUUAUUAUGUCAUCUAGAAUUUUCUAAGGCAUUGGCAAGAAAGUUUUGACAAAAUUCAAAAUUAAGCAAGUUAUGUUAAAAACCUUCAAAAAGUAAGAAAACAAUUUUAUGAAAUAAAAAAUUAUAGUGCAAUGGAUUAAGCUACCAGCCAAGGCCACUUGUGCCAUUUUUUAAAUAAGUUAUCAUUGGUGGACACCUUACUGCUCAAUACUUAGGAUCUGGAUCCAGAUCCAUUGGAUUCUGCUAAUUUUCAAUUCCAUGAAUCUGGAACCCAAUCUGCAAAAUUUAGCAGAUUUAAGGAUUUAAAUCAAAAUA